AUACAAUAUAAGUGUAUUUCUACCGACCUUUAGAAUCGACUAAUCGAAUAACCCGUUACUAUCGAACAUGUUGGGGGUCUUUAAUUGCUCAACCUGUCCCUCCCUGACGGCUCGACCUGUCGUGACCUGUGUAAUCCGCGGGGGGCGGGGUUAAGAGCCGCACACACACCGAGCGUCCCUGUCCUGUCCCCGGUCCUCUAAACUUUUCUUUUGCCGCUUUCCUUCACACAAUGUCCGCCGCGGGCUGAUGUCGCCCCGGUGGAGCAGGUCGACGCGGGUUCGCUCAGCCGGUAGAGUCCCGACAACUCGCUCCUUCAAUGGGUUGAGGAGCGUGUUUGGAGCGGGAGGGAAGUAACGGUACUCGGCGUUAGCUCCAUGUUAGCUUCGCAGCAACAGGUCGGCUAGUCCCCCCCCCCCCUCCCCCGGGGCUCGGACAUGGAGCGCUCCGCUUUCUCGAAAUACUCCUGGAUCGACUUCGUGUUCUCGGUGAUCGGAGUGUGCACCUUCCUGGUGGACUGGGCAUCGGACGUGUGGGUGGCCACCGAGUUUUACUGCCGCGGGGACCUGCUGUGGUUCUCGGUGCUGGUCGGCCUCAUGGUCCUGUCCUCGGUCGUGGUCCAGAUGUUCAGCUGGUUCUGGUUCAAGUACGACCGGGAGCUGCCCGGGUUCAGCGGGCGGCCCGGAGCGGGGACGGUGCUGUUCGGGGACCGGGUGAAGCUCUGCUGCCUGCUACAUGUGCUGCAGCUCGGCUUCCUCUGCAGGCACAUCUCCGCCAUACUUCAAGGCUUCAGGGUUUGGUGGCGGAAGGAGGAAGGGUCCGAGUACGCCGUGUACCUGACACAUGACCUCAGCAUGCUGCGCCUCAUCGAGACGUUCUGUGAGAGCGCGCCGCAGCUCACCCUCAUGAUCUACGUCAUGCUGAGCACCAACAAGGCCAGGACGGUCCAGUUUGUGAGCAUCGCUGCAUCCACCACCUCCAUCGCCUGGAUGGUGGUGGACUACCACCGCUCCCUGCGCUCCUUCCUCCCGGACAAAGCCAAGCAGGGCUGGGGUUCCUCCCUGAUCUACUUCCUGUGGAACCUGCUGCUCAUCGCCCCCCGUGUGGCGGCGCUCGCUCUGUUCGCCUCGGUGCUGCCCGGGUACAUCGGCGUCCACUUCCUCAUCCUGUGGCUUGUGUUUGUGUUGUGGGUGUGGCGGCAGAGGACGUACUUCAUGGACAGCGUGGCUGGCGAGUGGCUCUACCGGGCCACCGUGGGACUCAUCUGGUACUUCAGCUGGUUCAAUGUGGCCGACGGUCGGACCCGGGGCCGGAGCCUCGUCUACCAUUCCUUCAUCACCACGGACGCUGGAAUCCUGCUGGUGACCUGGUGGUGCUACAGAGACCCGGUCCAGACGGAGUCCUACGCCCUGCCUCUGAUCAUCACUCUACCUCUCAUCUACCUCCUGGGACUGCUCUUCAAAACCCUCUACUACUGCUGCUUCCACCCCAAACUGUGGAGGCCCCCGAUGAGGGACCCCGGGCUGCCCGCGGAUCUGCCUGAUGCCGAAGUGUCCUUCAGAGACAUCUCCAUCCAGGACGGCGCGCUGUCCUCCCAGCUGCUCAACAAACGCAUGGCCUGCCACGCUUCUCAUUUUUACUCGGAGCAGAAAGACGUUGGACAGACGGACAAAACCAGUAAAGCAGAAUCCCCAUGUCUGUGAUGUCUGUGAUGUCUCAGCCAAUCGUAUUCAGCCGAUAAACGUAACCUUGUGUGGAAGUGAUGGAGUUCUGUCCGUCUCCAUCGACUGUUUCCUGUGCUCAGUGUUAACCACAGACUGUUUAUCAUGAAGAAGGAAAGAAAUGAAGCCUAAAGAUCCUGGACACGAACACUGCCACCGGAUUUCAACCAACACACAAGCUCAGAAACAAUACUUGAAACAAAAUCCUAUUCACAGUAUUCACGGUACAUGUGCUUUUACGAUAUCAUAUUCCAAUAGAGCAAAUAACCAACAUAUUCAGGUACGACUUAAUACAAGAAGAAAUAUUAAAGGAAUAAGAUAAAACAAAAUCCUGUUUUCAUCACACAGAAUACACAGCAAUACAUCUCCACUCUACUUGAAGCUGCUGUAAUAUGAUAAGCUAGGUUUUAGAGUCCCUUUUUUACAGGUGAAUGUAUUUGAAUGUCCUGAUACAUGAAGUCAACUUGUACAUGUGGAAGUUGUUUCACUUAUUGCCAAAGGUUUGUUGUGGUUGCGUCAACAUCUUGUUUUUCCACAAUGCAAACAUUCUAAUUUCUCAACAUGUUACCAACCUCUGAUCCCUGUUACUUUUGGAAUUUGUUUUAAAACUUUAAAGUUUAUACUAUUCAGGGGUUUCACAAGACAACGGAUGUGCGUUGUGAAUGUGUGUCUGUGUUGUACUGUUGGGUUGUGUUACAGCUGCUACCACUACAACCUCUCUGAAGGACCUUGAAUGUAGAUCCGACUCAUAAGCUCUACUUAUGAGUCAUUCUCUUGUUUAAUUGUCGCAGAACUUCCCUAUAACUUCAGUUCAAACUCAUCAAAACAAACUUUUCCCUCAGUUUAUGAGUAAUAAGGUAUUAAACAGUUAUUGUAGAUGAAGCAUGUUCACUUUAAAUCUCUUUAAAAGUCUGUUCAAGUUGCCGUUUGUGUUAUUUUUACAUGUCAAACCUGUUUUAGUUGAUUCAUUUCACAAAAAUGUUCAUACUUAAUGUUCCAAGACAAGAUUUGUGCUCCAGCCUCUGCUGCGUGGAUGUGUUUCUCAUUUGCCACGUGCAACUAUUAAAAACAAAUACCUGUAUGAACAGUUUCAA